GGAGUUUCAGGGAUUUAGACUCACAGCUCUCUGUUGAGCUCUCCGGGCUACUUUCAAUAAAUUUGUCCAAAUAUUUGAUCAACAUCAGGUCAGAAUGCGAGGACUUUAUGCCAUUUUACCCUUUUUCAUCUUAGUCAACUGCAUCAGGGCUAAGAAGAUGCGGUGGUGCACAGUGUCGGAUCCUGAACAGAAGAAGUGUGCAGAACUUGCUAAAGCCUUGGUGGCCGUGCUGCCUCCGGCUGCUGUGGCCGCUUUCGCCAGACUCUCGUGCAUACGGGCGUCCAGCACGACUGACUGCAUCGACAGGAUCAGGGCUAACCGUGCUGAUACUGUGACGUUGGAUGCAGGAGAAGUGUAUUCUGCGGUGAAGCAGUUUGGCCUUGCAGCCAUCGCCAAGGAGAUCUACAGUGACGGAGGCUGUGUUUUGUCUGUGGCUGUGGUGAGAAACGGGAGUCUGGACAUACGAUCCCUUCAGGGCCACAGGAGCUGUCACAGCGGGGUCCGAUGGACGGCCGGCUGGAGUCUUCCCCUCGGCUUCCUGCUCUCCAGAAACUACCUGAGCUGGUCGAAGGAGCAGCCCCUCACUCAGGACGUCAGUACUUUUUUUAGUGCCAGCUGUGUUCCCGGAGCUGCUGCAAUCGCACCACCUCUAUGCACUUUAUGCCAAGGCCAGAAGUCAUAUAUUCGCCAGAAGAAUUACCACUGCGAAACAUCCCACAAUGAGCCCUUCUAUAACAACCAGGGGGCUCUCAGAUGUCUCAGGAGUGGGGCAGGAGAUGUUGCAUUCGUGGAUCAUUUAGCUCUUGAAAGUGUUGAAGACAGUGAAAGAGAUGAGUUCAGGCUGCUGUGCCCAGAUGGCACACAAGCUCCUCUCAGCCACUACGGGAUCUGUAAUCUGGGCCGGGGUCCCGGGGGCGGCAUGGUCUCCAGAUUAAACUUUCGCAAGACUGCUCGCAAGUUUCUAGUAACGGUGCAGAUGCUGUUUGGUAAACGAGGAAGAGAGAGACAGCGUUUCCAACUCUUCAACUCCUCUCCUUUCGGAGAACACGACCUUCUCUUCAAAGAUUUGACGGAUAAACUCGCUGUUCUGCCAGACGACAUGGACGUCAGUCAGCUUCUGGGGCUGGAUUAUGUGGCGCUCCUCAAAGGUCUUGGACAUGAAGGAAGUUCGCUGGAGGACAGUGUCGUGCGAUGGUGCUGUAUUAGCCAUGCAGAGCAGAAGAAAUGUGAGCAGUGGGCCCUCAGUAUUAAGUCGGACCCUCUGGUGUGUGUCAGAGCGGUCUCGAUGCGUGACUGUAUCGAGAAGAUGAAGAGGGACGAGGUGGACGCUGUCUCGCUGGAUGCAACGCACUCUUUCAUCGCAGGAAAAUGUGGUCUUGUCCCUGUAGUUACAGAAUAUUAUGGAGAAAAGUGUUUGCCUGCUGAGGGAUCGAUCCACUUGGAGAGAGACGUGUUGCCCUCAGUGGUAGCCGUGGCAGUGGCGAGGCGCUCAAGCAGAAGCGUUUUCAUCGGGAACCUCGGGGGCCGGCGCUCCUGUCACGGACACAUGUACAGCCCGGCAGGCUGGCUGCUGCCAUACACACACACGCUGAGCCUGGAGCACAACAGCAGCUCCCCUUGUGACCCGGACCAAGUGUACAACGACGUGUUUUGGAAAGGCUGCCUCCCUGGCUCUCAGGGGAAUCUGUGUAAAGUGUGUCUGGGAGGCACGGGGGAGGCCGCCACCAAACGCUGCGCUGACAACCACAAUGAGCGUUACUAUGGCAACACGGGGGCAUUAAGGUGUCUGGUUGGAGAUCCCAGUGGGAAAAGCUAUGGUGACGUGGCCUUCCUCGAGCAGCACACCCUUCUUGACAACAUUCACAGUUUGAACUCCAGUGGUUGGGCAGAGGGCUGGACGUUGUCAGACUACGAGCUGCUGUGUGGGGACGGUCGUCGGGCCCCGCUGUCAGAGUGGGAGAGCUGCAACCUGGGAGUCAUCCCACCAAACACCAUCAUGACGCGGCCGGUGCUCACAGCACGAGUGUAUGACUUCCUCAUGAAGUCACAGGAAACUUUGUUUGCCAACCCAAACGCAGAAUUCAAGCUCUUUCAGUCUCAGGAAUAUGGAGAAAGUGAUCUGCUGUUCAAAGAUGCUACUCAGUGUUUCGUCCACACGAGCCACAUGGACCCCCGCUCCAUCCUAGGAGAGAAGUUUUACAGUCAGGCGGAAACGGCUUUUAACUGCACACACUCUGAUAUCUUGGAGUUUUGUAAUCAGGAUGUGUGCAGCAUAUUCUAAAGGACACACAUUUCUCUCCGCUGCUCCGUGGAUCAAACUCGACUACAAACCAUCACUGGUAUCAUCCUGUUGACAGCCGACAAGAAUUUCAAAACACUGCUGCCUGGCUGAACUGAUGAAUUUCAGCAUUUAGAUGCCAUGAAUAAUCUGUCUUUCAAAAAUACAAAGCACUUGUGGUCUGAAAAUAAUAAAAAUCAAAAUAUGGUUUAUUGCCAAGUAGGAUAUAAAAUAAACACGGUAAAGUACGAAAAGUUGAGAACAAAAAUAUAGAAUCGUAAUUUGCCUUACCAAAAUGUGAAAAAUAUAUUAUAAAUAUACAGGGUGUGUACUCCUGCUGUUGUCAAACAAAGAAGUUGAGAUGAUGAAAAAAUGAGUGUGUGUAGAAUAUAAAAACAGCUGAAACAUUUAAGACUACUGCAAUAUAUAUAGAAAUAUAUACUUCAUUUUGCACAAAUUAGGUAACACAAUCUAUGUUUUGUACUAAUAUGUAAUGCAGUGUAUGUAACACAAUUAAGGUAGUACAAAGUUAUUUAGUCAUCUUUUGUCCCAGUGUAUCUGUGUCAAUGUUAAGGUAAAGCGUUUAUAAAUAAUUUAAAGGUAUUGUUUCCUUAUAAAGUUUUAUAUGGCUGCUAAGUAAAACAUAAAUAAAUGAAUCUACUUUUA